UGUUCUGUAUUCACAACUCUGAAUGGUCUAAUGCAACAUGUUUCCAGGGAUAAGAACUUGUUGGUUGUUUAGACCAAUUCUGAUGCUUUCUUGCACUUCUUACCUCGCUUGCUUUUCCACAGGAUCAGACACCAUCUCAUCAGGCCAAUUCCUCUUUUCAAACCAGACCAUUAUCUCUAAAGAAGGAAAUUUUGAACUUGGUUUCUUCAUUCCAGGAAAUUCUAGCAACUGUUACGUUGGAGUAUGGUACAAGAAGAUAGCGGCUCGCACCAUAGUUUGGGUUGCAAACAGAGAGAACCCAAUUGAUUAUUCGUUUUACAGUACAUCGUUCUUGGCACUGCAAAAUGGAAGCCUGUAUAUCUUCAGUAACAAGAACAAUAUAGUCUGGAGUACAAGUUCUAGUUCAAACAUCACAACCUCAAAUACCACUCAGGCAAUACUUCUUGAUAAUGGAAAUCUUGUUUUGGCGAGUGGGAUUGGUGUUAUAUGGCAGAGCUUUGAUUAUCCCACAGAUACGUGGCUACCAGGCGGAAAGAUUGGAUUCAGUAGGAUUACUAACGCCACAAUAGUACUUACUUCCUGGAAGAACAAGGAAAAUCCAGCUCAAGGUCUCUAUUCAUUAGGCAUGGACCCCACCAGCAAUGGUGAGAUUUUCAUAUGGCGGAACAGUAACAAAUUGUGGAGGUCUGGAGGCUGGCAAGCUGGUAGUUUUCCUUUUAUGGAAACGAGUAUUAGUUACAAUUUCAGCUACAACUCAAAUGAUGAGGGUAAAUACUUGGUAUACAAUGGCAAUAAAUCCAUCAUAUCUAGAAUUGUUAUCGAUAUUUCUGGGACAAUGAGGCAAUACUUUUGGUUGCCAAGGUUACAAGAAUGGACUAUAUUCAAGUCUUUACCUUCGUCGCUUUGUGACAUAUACUCUUCUUGUGGGGCUUUUGGGUAUUGUGACAUCAGUAGUAGUCCAUCUUGUAGCUGUUUGCCAGGUUUUGAACCCCAGUUCAAGCAAGAUUGGGAUUUGCUAGACUUUUCUGGGGGAUGUAUGAGGAAAAAGCCUAUAAAUUGUGCCACAGGCCAAACAGGAUUUCUAUCGAUACCUACCACGAGGCUGCCUGCAUACUCAGAAUCACUAGAAGUAGGACGGGCUGAAAUAUGUGAGUUUGCUUGUUCAUUCAACUGCUCCUGCAGUGCUUUUUCCUAUAGUAGCAGUGGAGGUUGUUCAUUGUGGCUUGGUAAUCUGUUGGACAUAAAAAAACAACAGAAUGGAAGUACUGGUGGAGACCUCUAUCUUAAACUUGAUUUGUCUGAGCUUCCUGCUAAAGGUCAUAAGAAAUCAUUACGAGUAGCUCUGGCAGCAUCUAUUACUCCUGCAAUUUUCAUAAGCUGUUGUUUCUUUUAUUGUUUGUGGAGAAGAAAGUACAAACAAAAAGGGAAUAUAGUACAUCAUCAGAAUCUGUUUCUUCUUGAUUUAAGUAGUAAUAGGGCAAAGGAUAACAAUGGUGCCACAGCCAAAGAUAGUCGAGGAGAAGUGAAGAUUGAGAGCAUUGGGCUGCCAGUGUUCAGUUUUUCAAGCAUUGUUGCUGUCACUAAUAAUUUCUCCUCUGAAAAUAAGCUUGGCGAAGGUGGUUUUGGACCAGUUUACAAGGGAAGAUUACAGAGUGGUGAACUAGUGGCUGUGAAAAGGCUUUCUAAAAAGUCGGGACAAGGCUUCGAAGAGUUCAAAAAUGAAACAGAAUUGAUUGCAGAACUUCAACACAGAAAUCUUGUUAGGAUCUUAGGAUGUUGCCUUGAACAAGACGAAAAGAUAUUAAUCUACGAGUACAUGCCCAACAAAAGCCUGGAUACUUUUCUCUUUGAGCCUAAGCAAGAGUUUUUGGAUUGGCAACAACGUAUUCACAUAAUUGACGGUAUUGCUCAAGGCCUUCUUUACCUCCAUCAGUAUUCAAGGAUACGAAUUGUUCACAGAGAUCUGAAAGCUAGCAACAUUUUAUUAGAUGGAGAUAUGGACCCUAAAAUAUCUGAUUUUGGAUUGGCAAGAAUUUUUGGUUUAAAUGAAUUGCAAGCAAAUACAAAUCGGAUUGUUGGAACUUAUGGUUAUAUGUCCCCAGAAUAUGUCAUGGAAGGACUUUUCUCUGUAAAGUCCGAUGUCUUUGCCUUUGGAAUUCUGGUUCUAGAGAUUAUGAGUGGAAAGAAAAACACUGGUCAUUAUGGCUCUGAUAAUAUGACUCUCAUUGGAUAUGCAUGGGAGCUGUGGAAAACAGACAGAUUGCUGGAGCUGAUAGAUCCAUCGUUGCAGAUUUCUUCUUCAUCCAACCCUGGAAGAUACAUUACUAUAGGUCUCCUAUGCGUCCAGGAAAAUCCAGCUGAUAGACCAACCAUGUCUGAUGUUGUUGCAAUGUUAAGGAAUGAACAUAUGUCACUAACAUCACCAAAAGAGCCUGCUUUUACAACUUGGAGAAAUUUCUUGAAUACAAGCUCAGAGGGUGGUCAUUUCGCAGUUUGUUCUGCCAAUGAUGUUACUAUUUCAUUAUUAGAGGCCCGUUGAAGCCUCCCUCCAAAAGAGAAGAACAACUUUGCAUGAGCCAUUUCCCAACCUUGUGAUCCUUGUUUUCCAGGCUGUUUAGGAGAAACUGAAGGCAGUGCCGUUCCAUUUGAUAGCAUGGAAAGAACUUGGGACAUGGUUGGCCGAUCACUCGCCU